AUGUUCAUUGGUGGCUUGAAUUGGGAAACUACCGACCAAUCACUCAGAGAUUACUUCUCGCAAUACGGCGAGGUUGUAGAAUGCACCGUUAUGAGAGAUGGCGCCACCGGUCGCUCGCGUGGCUUCGGAUUCCUUACCUUCAAGGAUCCCAAGACUGUCAACGUUGUGAUGGUCAAGGAACACUACCUUGACGGCAAGAUUAUCGACCCAAAGCGCGCCAUUCCCCGCGAUGAGCAAGAGAAGACUUCAAAAAUCUUCGUCGGUGGCGUGUCCCAGGAGACCACCGACCACGAGUUCCGCGAAUAUUUCGCCCAGUUCGGCCGUGUCGUCGACGCCACCCUCAUGAUGGACAAGGACACCGGCCGUCCCCGUGGUUUUGGCUUCGUUACCUUCGAGUCUGAAGCCGGGGUUGAUGCCUGCCUCUCUGCUAAUCUUGAGAUCCAUGGCAAGCCCAUCGAGGUCAAGAAAGCCCAACCGCGCGGCAAUUUGCGCGAGGAAGCCGAGGAAGCUGCUCGUCGCGGUGGUGGCAAGUUUGGUCAGCGCCGCAACGGUCAACAGGGCGGUGGCAUGGACGACGGCUCCGGCCAAGGUGGCAUGAACGGCAUGGGCGGCAUGGGCGGCGCUGGCACCGCCGGCAUGACACCCCAGCUCAUGGCCCAGUAUCUCCAGCGGAUGCAGCAGGCCUUCCAGAUGAUGCAGCAGCAAAUGGCCAUGAAUAGGGGCAUUCAGACCCCCAUGAUGCAAAUGAUACAGAUGCAGCAGAUGCAACAAAUGCAACAGCAGAUGAUGGCCGCUCAGCAGGCUCACGCCGCGGCUCAGGCUGGUGCUGGAGGACAGCAAGGCAACGGUGGCCGCGCUGGUAGUGUCGGCGCGGGUCAAGGGCCUAACGCGCAGAACCCCCAGGCGAUGGCCGCGGCCAUGGGCAUGAACCCGGCGAUGAUGCAGCAGAUGAUGGGCGGCGCUGGCGGUCCUGGAGCUGACGGUGGUGCCGGCGGUGCUGCUGGUCCUAAGGGGGGAUUCAACGGCUUUGACGGUCAGCAGGGCUUCGAUGGCCAGCAGCGCGGUCCUCGCAAUGAUCCCGCCGCUAACGGUUAUGGCGGCGGCAUGCCCGGUGCUGGAGCUGGCUACAACAUGGGCGCUACAAGCUGGGAGGGCAUGUAUGACGACGUUCCGCAGCCGAUGAUGGGCGGCGGUCCCGGUUUCGGUCCUGGCAUGGGCGGUAUGGGUAUGGGUAUGGGUGGCGGCAUGGGCGGUGGCGGCGGAGGCGGCGGAGGACGCGGUGGCUUCCAUAAGAAUCGCGGUCAUCACGGUGGUGGCGGCGGUGGUCAUCAGCAGGGCGGCCAUCAGGGCUCGCACUCCCCCGGCGGACCGGUCGAUCCGGCCAGCGCGCCUCCCCCGAAUGCUCCCACGGGCCCAAAGAACGCUGGCAAGCCUGGUGCCAACUAUCGCGGUGGCGGACGGGGUGGAAACAGGGGCUUCCAUCCUUACGCCAGGGGCCCAAAGGAGCCCGGCAAGCCUGGCACAAAAUACCGCGGUGGCAGAAGGGGAAUCAUCGAUCGGGAAGUCCCUGCAGAAGCAUCGGGAACAAGCGAAUGGUGA